AUGGAAUUUAUAGCAGAAGCAUUGGCCAAUGUAAUUGGCGUUGUUGAAUUUGUAACACUAUUGGCUGUGCAUGGACCCGUGGAUUGGGUUUCCUGUACUAUAGAAGCAACUUGUGGGCUAGUAGCCGGUGUUGCCGAGGUCGAAGCAUACGAGGAAUCUGCUGAGUCGCGUCUCUUGCCACACGCGGCGGCUGGACACAUGAUCCUCAUGCCCGUGCGCAGAGGCGGAUUCCUCAUGGAUAGGAAUAAUGCGUCAACACUAAUGGCAUCAGCAACAUAUCAAUUCUUAAGCUUGGAAAGAAGAUUGGGAAAGAAGGAAGACCUCAAGAUUGCAUACUCUCAGGCCAUUAAGGAGUACCUCGACUUGAAAAUCAUCGAGGAGGUACCUUCAACUGAACUAGAUUCGCCAUCGUACUAUCUCCCUCAUCACGGAGUUGUUCGAGAACAAGCGAUCAGCACACAGUUGCGAAUAGUAUUCAACGCGAGUGCUCGCUCUCAGUCAGGCGUUAGUCUCAAUCAGUGUCUCAUGGUAGGCCCAGUUGUUCAGCCAUCUUUGGUAGAAGUCCUUUGGCGAUUUCGCUUACACAAAUAUGCCUUGACAUGUGAUAUCGUCAAGAUGUACCUGCAGGUACAUCUGGUUCCUGAGCACAGGAAUUAUCAGCGAUUCAUAUGGAGGGAACAUCCUUCAGAUGAUAUUAAACAUUAUCGAUUCCGUACUGUGUGUUUUGGUAUCGCGUCUUCACCAUAUUUAGCGACCAGAACCCUCAAUCAAUUGGCGGAUGAUGAAGGUCAAUCUUUCCCUAUGGCUGCCAAGGCAGUUAAAGAGUCAUUUUAUGUCGACGAUUGUUUGGCAUCAGUUCCAGAACAGGCACAAGUUUUAGAGUUGAAACAUCAACUCAUUCAUCUCAUGGAACGCGGACAAUUCCAACUGGCUAAGUUCCAGACAAACUGCUCAGUUGAAGUCGACAACAACCAAGAAAGUCACUCAGACGUCAUCAUUUCUGACAAUUUGGUGAAAACCUUGGGAUUAAUGUGGAACAGCAAAGUUGACACCUUUCAGUUCAAACUGUCCAAUGAUCUCCCUAAGAUAAAUGUCACCAAAAGGCAGAUUCUUUCAGUCAUCGCUAGGAUCUAUGAUCCCCUUGGGUUGCUUGGUCCAAUAGUCACCAAUGCGAAACUCAUUCUUCAGGCAGCAUGGCAGUGCAAAACUGAUUGGGAUAUGAUAGUUCCCGGUGAACUGCAGCACAGAUGGGCAUCGUUUAUCAAUGACCUACCAUUAAUUGAACUUUUACGAAUACCUAGAUGGGUAGUGAAUGUGGAGUCCCCAGCGCAGGUGGAACUACACGUUUUCUCAGAUGCAAGCUCACUUGCAUAUGGAGCCGCCAUUUUUUUGGUCUGUGAAGAUGUCAAUGGACACAGGUCAUCCGGACUUCUCACUGCCAAGUCAAAAAUAACCCCUUUAAAGUCAACGGAAGCUCAAGGAAAUGAACUCACCAUUCCUAAGGCAGAAUUGCUUGGGGCUCAAAUGGCGGCAGAGUUGAUGUUCAUGGUCUCAAAAGCAUUGGGCAUUGAACGGAAAUUUUAUUGGACAGAUGCAGCUGUUGUUCUGCACCAAAUUUAUUCUCCAUCAGAGAAGCGAGAAACAUUUGUUCGAAAUAAGGUUCGCAUUAUUCGAAAAUUGUCACAGGCUGAGGAGUGGGGCCAUGUUCCGACGAAACAAAACCCAGCAGAUGCUCUUUCUAGAGGUUCUACUGUUCAGGAGUUGAUGGUCAACAAUCUAUGGUGGUUAGGACCAGAUUGGUUGACAAAAGGAACAGAUUCUUGGCCAGUUGCCUUUUCCCCUCAUACCUUUUCCAUUACAAGAGACACUUCUUUAGCAUCAGUUAACGUGGUGUUAAAGGAAGAAAAGAGUGAUCAUCCUCAGAAUUCU